CGCGCUAGGCGGUGCGCUACUUGCCACUGCAAGGGUAGAGGGAACUAGGGGGAGGAGGGGACAAGGCCCAGCCAGGAGCAGACCCCAGGUCUCCUGAGGCCCAGUCCUGUGUACUAGCCACCAGGCUGUGCUGCCUCCUUUAAUCUCACCUUUAGCUAAAUCGGUGCACCUCUGUGUGUAGACAAGCCCCAGGUUUAGCUAAAUCAGUUCAAAGCGGACCUAAGCCAGUGCUAAACUGGUUGAGGUUCACCUUUGCUGGGGGCUUGCAGUGGUUUAACAGGACUGAUUUAAAAUUAAUUUUGUUAAACAAGUACAGUUUCUUUCCUAUAAAGAAGACCAGGGAUGAGCUGGAGUUUGCACCAAACUAAUAUACAAUUUAACCCUGUUUCAAACUCAGCUGGUGCAAACCCUGGCUUGCCCAUGUCUAUUAUUUCAGGAUCAGUGCUGGAGCAGCUACAGUGAUGGCUGCAUCAGGACUAGUCCUAAACAGACAAGGCCUGCAGACUUAUGGUGUCUCCACUAACAUGGAAACAAGGAAAUUAGAUGGUAGUUUUUUUAAAACUGCCCUGAAUAAAGAUGAAGUUGAAAAUAUUCUCAGUGAAAUUAGUAAUCUUAAAAUGACUGAGAGAGGGAAUGGCAAUAAAAAUAAUGAAGUCAAAUGUGAAAGCCUUUGUCCAGCUCCUCAGAACAUUCGGUAUCUUGGUCUGCAAACUCCAAGAACUCCUGCUCCAGGGAUCCUACAACUGUUGCCAUCUCAACCAUCUGAUUUCGUGGGAGAAGAAUAUUACUCUUCAAAAAAACCCUCCAAAUUAGGAGAAUGGAGUAUAACAACUCUUAAAGACAACAUUAUUCCCACAGGGAGAGAACUUCCUCGUACCCCAUUCUGCACAAAUCAACAAGGGAAAUUGUUACUAGAAGCUUUAAAGGACGAUACAGUACUGAAUGAGAGACAUUCAACAGGUGUAGUUGGACCUAGUCAUUCAGAAUGUGAAACACUUAAGUUACAGAUUGAUGCUGAUGUGCUGGAGAAACUUUUGAGGGAGGAGACUUCUGUAAAGACUCGUGCCUCAAAUGCAUGGGUUUACACUAGGAAAAAAGAUUCCAUUUGCCAACGUAUGCAGCAGCCUGAUGACAACCACAUCAUCUCUGGCAAUACAGAAAAUGGCAAGGAGGUGGCACCACCUCUAGUUGAGGAUGAGGAAGAAUUACAAGAAAGAGUUGAACCUCUGCAAGAUUCUCCCGUACCAAAGUGUUUCACUACCUCUUCAACAAACAGGAGAAGACUAAGUCAGAUACCAGUUCAAGGGUUGAGUGAGAUGAAUAUUUCAAUGAUGAUUAACAGAAUAAAAGGCUACCAAUGCACUAAAGAAGAUAUGGAGUUUCUUCGACACAUGAAAAGCCAAGAACAAGCACAGAAAUUGAAGGCAAAAUAUUUACAUCUACAAAAGGAACUAACCAGCAUGGUUCGGACAAAGGAGCUGCUACUAGCACAGAGAGAGAAAGUGCAAGAAGAGAUUGUACAAAUGAAAACAUCUUAUGAUAGAACAGUCCAACUUGGAAGAGCCUUCCUGGGUAAGAAAAUGGAUCCUGCCGCUGUCGAAGCAUUGCCACCAAAAGCUGUGCUUGGGCAGCUGAAUGCUGUGAAAGUGCAGCAUGUUCAACAGCAAGAGAAGGCUGAACUUCAGGCACUUACAAAAGAGCUAAAGAAGUUAAAACAUUCCAUUGCCCAACUGCCUCAGAAACAGGGAAUAAGGCUAGAAAGAGAAUCUUGUAAACAACAGAUACAGGAAGCAAAACACAGACUACAGCAAGCACAAGAAGAUGUGGAGAAUCUGAAAUGCAAAGUUGAAGCAGCACAGUCAAAACUAGCAGAAGUUCAGGAACACCUGUGUAAUACACGAGUUGAAAUAGAGAAGUGGCACACAUUGAAAGAGAAGACUACUGUUUCUCAGCCACUGGAGAAUGACAGAAUCUUGGGCAAUGAUUAUCUUAAGAGAAGACUUAACAGAAUCUUGCGAAGAACAGAUAUCUUUUUAGAAAGGGAAAAAAUAAUUGAAAGACUUAAUCUUCUGCAAUGAGACCCCCCUCCUUCUUGCAAAAAUCUGAUCACUACGUCAAAGAGCCUUUGAGGGUUGCCACUGUAUGUACAGAUUUCGCCCUGUUGGGCACCUUAAUUUUCCAAAUUCUAUAACCUGUCUGUUGAAAGUGUGAACAAAUCUGCACUAUUAACAGUUAAGAUGUAGCCAGAAUCAUGAAGAUAAAAUUUGGGAUUAAUGGCUAUUUAGUCAUGUACGUGAAAGCUGAUUUUUAAAUGACAAUGUUUGUUCUUUGGUACUAUUUUCAGGUAAGGAAACUCUAAGGUGCUCAAACCACUAGGUCUGAAACAGUUAAUUAUAGUGAUCUAGGAGGAGGCAUUAAAACCAUUAGGAAUUUUGCACACGGGAAGGAGGCACUUGAGUGUUUAAGUUAAAUUAUUCAAUAAAAUAUAUUUUGAUUAGUGCCUAGAAAUUAAUGUUAGACACAAAGUGACAGCAGGAUUAUUAUAGAUAAGAUGGGCAGUGUUUUGUAAUCACCCAUUGUACACAAUGGUACAGGGGAAAAAAGGCCUUCCCCUAACCUAUUUUUGAUUACUUGUUUUAAAGCAGGUGCUCAUGCCCCAGAGCAGGAUUUCUAAAUGAAGUUAAUUACAUUCAGCAUAUUAAAAUACAGUUUCUAUUGGUAAGAGUGAGUUUGUCUUAAAUGUACAAACAUGUCACCUGACACAGAAUUAUCUAAACUGGCAUCAGCCUCCUCUUGUAUCAUGGAAGAACUAGAUGCACCAAAAAGUAAAUACAUGUAGUCACAAUAGGAUAGAUCAGAGGUCAGCAGCCUUUCAGAAGUGGUUUGCCAAGUCUUCAUUUAAACUGUUAAGUGCCACUGAAUCAGCUCACGUGCUGCCUUUGGCAGAUGUGCCAUAGGUUGCUUACCACCAUAGCAUCCUUGGAGGAAAGAGCAACUUAGAGGUGUAAGCUAGAAUAGUGUAACAGACUCCCAGAUUUAGUUUAAGGGAGCUAAUCUACCAUACAAAAGCAGUAUGCAAGCCCUUCUAGUAUUAUUAGAUUUAGUACUAGUGUCAAGAAAGACAAGGAUACACCCUACUCAUAUCAGACUAGAAUUUUCUUAUGAGUUCUACACAAUCAUUCCUGAGCAUGAUACAUAUGUACAAUUUAUUCAAAAUACAUAAAAAUCUCACUAUCUAUACAAUCUAAAGUCUAGCAAUAUAUACAAAUACAGAGUAACUACAGGCUGAGGUAAGAAAGUACAUUCUGGGAGAACAGAACAGCCAUUUUCAUAUUUUGAAUCCAUUAUUGCUAUAGAAUAAAGAACCCCUCAGUGUACCUCUGGUUUUACUGUACAUGGGAUAAUGCCACAUGUAGUUAUGCAUCUUACAUUCAGUUCAAAUCUGCAAUAGAGGCUAUUAGCUCAAGUUUGAUGCUGAACUGUACAUUAGGCACGUAAUCCUGGCAUGGUAAAAAUGACUAAAAUAAUUUGAGCAGAUGUACAUUAGUGACAUUUCAUCCAAGAGUAAAAAAAAAAAAUGUUUAAAGUGGCAAAAUCAACUUAAAGUGAGCUUUUUGUAAACCUGGAAAGAGAAUUAUAAAAUAUUUUGGCUUUUUUUUUUUUU